AUGACGGCGCCACCCCCUGCUCAUUUAGGCCAUCCAAAUGGUCACUAUAGCCAUGAGAGUACGGAUCCAACUCUACUCGCAAUUCUAGAAAGUCAAAGAAGGAAAGAGGCGGCUUUAAGGGAUCUUCAGCAGAGGAACCUAACUUUAGAGUUUGAGAACUAUCAGCUACGGAACUUGAGGUCGAGGUCGAGAGGGUCUUCCAGUCGAGGGAUAUCAGGCCACCAAGGCCGAGUCGGGCGAGUACCACCAACGACAGUACCGAGCAAUUCCGUCCGAUCAGGACAACCCCCGACACCACCUAUCCGAGGGUACGGUCCACCCGAGGAUUCAUCAACAGAAGACGAAAGGCGCGAGAGGAAUCAUCAACAGAGAGGCACAAGGGCCGACAAUGCAACCGAAGCCAAGCUAAUGGAGUUAGAAGAAAAGAUAAGGAAGCUGUCAGGAAGCGGCGAAGAAGAUAAGCUAGCCGAGGUCAUAAGCGAGGCCAAGAGGACCCCUUUCACCCAAGAUCUAGAACUAAGGGCCUUCCCACCCAAGUGCACGCUCCGCACAUUUCCAUCUAGGUUCGACGGUACGGGAGACACAGUCGAGCAUUUGAAGAUGUACACUAUGUCCCUAAUCCAAUGGAAGAACCAUGAGGUGGUAAUGUGUAAAUUCUUCCUGGAAAUCCUGGAGGGCGAGGCAAGGAAGUGGUUCUACAAUCUCCCACCAGGAACAGUCGACAAUUAUGAGACUCUAGUCGAAGCCUUCCUCGAAACUUACAUGCACAACAACAGACCUCGUCCCAGGGUCAACAGGUUAUUCACCUUGGCCCGACGGUUUAGAGAGCCACUCAGGUUGUUGACCGAUCGAUGGAAAAAUUUGUGCACAGAAAUUGGGAAAGUACCAGUCGACCAGCAGAUAUUCAGGUUCGAAAACGUAUUAGGGAGGUCAGACCCUAUCUGGAUAGCCAUGUUUACUGAAAAACCACAGACAUUGAAAGAGACGAGGAAAAUGCAGGAGCAUUUCAUCGCCCUAGAAGAAAUUCAGGAGGAAUCAAGGGAUAGGGGAGUGCAAGAGGCUAGUGCGGCGCCCGAGUCGACAUCGGACGAUGUUCAACAUCGGCCCGAGAAGAUACCGAGCCCACCUACGCGAGGAAAUGGGAAGAAGGAAUGGUUAGCUCAAGGAAAGAGGCCGAGGAACGAGGCGAGAACAUACACCCCUUUGAAUGCUCCACUAGAAGAAAUCUUCAAAUAG